UUAAUAUUUUAAAAAAUCAAAUGGCCAAAGCAGCAAAAGACACUAGACCAAUUGCAGAUUAAGCUACAUCUGAAGCUGCAUGUACAUACGCAGCCCUCAUUUUAUAUGAAGACAAUUAAGAUGUACUUGAAAAUGUGAUAAUAAGAUUGAUUCCACUAAAUUAGCUAAGAUUAUUAGAGCUUCAAAUUUGAGAGUUGAACCAAUUUGGACUAAAGUUUUUGAAAAAGCACUUAAGGGCAAAAGAAUUGGUGAUUUGUUACAUGGUAGCAGUGGAAGUGCAAAUAGUGGUCCAUAAGUUUAAACAACAUCAACUCCUGUAGCUGCUGAGACCAAAAAGGCAGAGCGAGUUAAAGAAGUCAAGAAAGUUGAAGAACCAGAAGAAGAUGUUGAUAUGGGUGGUUUGUUUGAUUGAAAAUGAAAAUAAAAAUCGU